UGUAUCAGCCGAAUGGAUAAAAUUAAGGUUUCAAUGUUUGGCUCUGACAAAUGAUGUGAUACACCUGUUAGAAUCUUUGAGUUCAGUUGUUGCUCAACGAGUGACUAAACUCGGGGCGCCGCGUGCGCAACACUUAGGUUUGAAUUGUAUUUGUUAAAAUAUGUGAGGAAGUGCAUCACGGAGAAGGUAAUACCAUUACCUCAACACCUUGAAUAAUUAACAACUAAGGAGAUAUGUUUGCGACAUUUCGAAUUUUCUUUGCUGUGUUCAAAAUGUGAUCAAAAUUUAUUGAAAUUUAAAAUAUCUCCAUAGUUCCAAAAUAAUUAUUAACAGUUAGUUCUGUGUUGAAAAUGUUUUACGUUGAGACAGAAAAGGGCUAUUUUGUAUGUUUGAAAUUUUCAGCAUGGUGCUACAAUUAUUAUUUUUCAAAUGCAAUUUGUAUUUUCAUAACAAUAUGAAUUGUAUAUGAAAUUUAUCAUAAAGGUCAUAAAUUCUCUUGCAUGAUAUCCAUAACUAAGUCUGGCAGGCAGUAAUGUUUCUAAAAGUACUAUAAGUGUUUUCACUCCAAAAUCUGGCAAGCACGCCACGACUAUACAACUCAUAAAGAGAAUUUAUAAUCACGUGCAAGAGAAUUUGGCUUGUUUUGUAUCGUGUGCUGAGUUUCAGCAUGAGUGAGCUCAUUGAAUAACCAAAGGCUGGUGAAUGAAUGUGGCACAGGGAGGAUUAUCUUCUCGGUCUGAUCACGAACGGGCCGUCACGUGCCCAAUGGCAGAAGAUCGAACGUCUCGACCUGCGCAAAUAUUUCGACUGCGUGCUGGUGUCCGGGGACCUGCCCUGGGAAAAGCCCGACCAGCACAUAUUCCUUGAGGCGUGCAAGCUGCUCAACGUAGAGCCGCGCAACUGCAUUAUGGUUGGCGACAAACUCGAAACAGACAUCAAGGGUGGCAAAGAAGCGGAGUGGGGAACGGUGUGGAUCCCGCUACAGAAAGACGAAGAGUCAUCGGAUCUACCCGAUUUCACAAUUGAUAAAGUCACAAAGUUGCCAGAAGUUUUGCCAAAUUCACCGAAACUAAGACGCUGUAACGCGACAAAUGUUUGCUGAUAAUUUCGGUUUAUUUUUUGAGUUACAAUAAGGAUAACCUCGACUUGAUUUCUUAUACAUAUUUUCCUAUGAUUUAUGCACAGUAUUUAAAAGUACAAAACUAUUAUUUGCAGUACAAAUGUACAUAAUUUUAUGUUUUUUUGAAUAUUGGUUCAUAAUGUGUAAUGUAGUUACUAACAAGUUACCUUGAAAAUCCUUUUAUCGGUACCUCAUUUGUCAAAUGUUAUAUUUUCUUAGGGUGUACUAAUCUGAAGUCUGUAUACUAAUAAGCUUUUACUGUAAGGUCUAUCUCAAUUACUCUAAGGAGAGUGUUUCUAUUUAUAUUUUUGUAAAAAAGUAUGUAAGUUAUUUUUGUUGUACUUUAUAUCAUCAUCCGAUGAGACUGUCUUGUAUGUGAUAAUGUACUUGUAAUUAUAAAGAUUACCAUAGUUUGCUUAAACCUCACUACAUGUGAAUUACUGGGGUAGAAUAGUGUAUAGAUUUUAGGCUUUAAGCUGUGGGUAUAUGGGUGUUUAGAUGUAGACAACUAGAAACAAUUCCUCAUGCCUAUUUAAUUCUGAAAGAUUUCUAUAUGAAGAGUGGUGUGUUAAGGUUAAGCAUUUGCUGAGAUAGACAAAUAGCUACACAGUUAAUACAGACCAAGGCAGAUUAUAUAACUGGACACAACAAAGCCACAGAGGCUAUGUAGCAAAUGGAUAACAAGUUAUUGUGCAAAACAUUUGAUAUUCCUGUGUUAAACUGUACUUUGUCAACUACAUCUCGCCAUAUGCUGAAAAUAGUUUAUUGGUUGCCAUUGCUAUAAUGUUGUUGAUUUAAUGGAUGUAUAUCAGUGUAUAGAUUUUUGACCCAAACUAUCUCAUAUUAUGUGUGAUCAUAGUUCAUAAUGACUUAGUAAACAAAUCUGCUUUACGCUAAAUAGAGAUAAAAGUAAUAUGGUGACACUUCUCACAAUAAACAGAAUUUAGAUAGAGA